GUGUGAUACUGACGCUACCGUUAAACAUAGUUGCGAAAUACAUCUGGGAUCUGUAAAAUUUCCAAACUGAUUUCAUCAUUAGUACCUGUGUGGCGUGAUUCGCAAUAUUAUUGCAACAAAAAAUACUAUCUUUGUUCAGGUCCCUUCAAAAUUGUGUCAUACUCUCAUUCGGAUAAAAGCCUCUCUCGUGUCUGCACUUCUAACGAAUAAUCUGUUGUUGAUAUUUUUGUUUCGUCAAUCUGUGAAACGAUGGCUAAUGCUGCUGCUAAACGAAUGGAAUUGCCUUGGUGUGAGCCCAUGGAUCCCAGGAAAUUGGAGACAUGGUAUAACGAGAACAUCCAACACGGGACCGAGGAGUUCGACAGAGAUUGCCGUCGUGCCGUGGACGAGGUAGUAAGGUCAGUCCAUAGAAUGUGCUCCUCGAAUGGUCUCCUGUUUGACGUGAGCAAGGUGAUAAAGGGUGGCUCACUCGGUAAAGGCACCAUGGUCAAGGAUCUCUCUGAUGUGGACCUUGUCGCCUUCAUCAACCCGCCCCACCUGAGAUCUAUCGUGGAACUGGGCCCAGUGGUCUACCGACAGAAGCUCGCUGGGAUCAUCCGGGAUCUGGAAGCGGCUCUGAAACGACUCCCCUUCGUGGACUCGAGGAGCGUAACCAGUAACGCGUUCCUUGUCAACUUCACCAUCAGAAACCUGGGCCCUAGAAAACGGUCCCUGGGAGUGGAUCUGCUGCCGACUGCCGACAACUGCUACGGGCAUGGCCGAGCUCAUGCCGACAUGUUCAGGGCCAUGCUGCAGUUGCCCAACGGCUACGACCGGGAGUUCUACUCUGCCUCACUGGUCGAGCACCAGCUGCAGUUCAUGGAGCCAAAACCCGGCCACGUCAAAGCCCUGAUCCGCUUGGUGAAGUACUGGGCUUACGAGUGCCUCCCGGACACGCUGCACAAGUCCUACCCGCUGGAGUUGAUCACCGUCUACCGCUGGGAGAACGCUGGUAAGCCCGAGCGCAUCAGCAAGGCCCAGGGGCUGAAGGACGUGCUUCAGGUACUGACCAACUUGAGAGGGUUGCGGCACUACUGGGCGUACCUCUACGAUGCUGCACUGGCGAAUCAGACCAUCACUCAGCUCGGCUAUAUCAAUCCAAUAGUUUUGGACCCAGCCAAUCCAACCAACAACGCGUGCUGGGUUUACCAGAAGGGCAACAACAUCAUAAUGAUUGAGGAAGCUGCCCGUGCCACCCUGAAGUUCAAUCUUCUCAAGGACGUCGUUGUCUCUGCCAACUGGAGAGGUUAAAUAGCGACCUCAAGAGUCCUAUCAAGGCAAAUCAUUGUGAAACAGUAAUUUGAAAUGCUGGCAGUUAUAGUAACACGUACAAUCUCCUGAAAGAGCCUCACAAGUUGGCACACGAAAGGCAUCAAUGAAUUUAAAAGAAUUAUUAACGAAACAAAUUCCGAUCGGAUAUGUAACGGCUUAUUUCAAGUGAAAACAAGUUCAGGACAAAAUAUUCAGAAUUCAUGCCAGUAGUAAAAAUAUUUGUUCUCAAAACACAAUUAAAAGCAUAUUAUAUUGGUUGUAGGUUCAAUUGAUUAAAUUAAAACUAAACUGGUGACGGAUGCCGUUACUUUUAUUUUCCAAUGGAUACAAAAACUGAUGAAAAGCGGGCACAGUGCUAUCUGUGUGUGAGCUCGGCAGUUACUUCUAUGGCGUUUAUUGACAGGGGAUGGAGGAGGAACA